UCAAAUGACAGCUGCAAAGCUGUAAAAGAGACAAAUAAAAAAUUAUUUCUGUCCGUGUUUUUUAUGUAAAAAUAAAGAAAAAUUAUUUAAUUUGUCAUAGAAAAUAAAAAGAGUAGCUGGGAACUCAACAUAAAACGACAAAUACGUUUUAGUUCAAUAACCAAAGAAGAAUUUCUUAAUUGAAUAUAGUGCAGUAAGAAAAAGAAAAUGGUUACUCCACAAUCGCCCACCCGCAUGUUUAAUGGUCUAGAUGAGGAUAUUUACAAUGAAGCCAAGUACGCCCAUGAAAUAAAUGACAAAAUGCGUGUUCCCAAGCGUAUUAAGGCUACUGGCGAAUUUUCCGACGAAGACCUAUUGCUGUCCAAUCAAAAUGGCAUGAUUAACUCAUGGAAUUAUCACGAUAAAAUCGAUAUGAAUGUCCCAGAUCGCAUAGUGGUUUUGGGACACAAUCAACAUCUCGAAACACGAUCUGCUCCCCGUGAAAUACAAUUAGAAAAUUCCAUUUUACCCAAAAAUCCCUCGGGUUUUAUACGAGUACAGACUCCUCCACGUACCAUAACACUAAACGAUCACCACUUUCCCUCGGCCUCUGAGGAAAGUUCACCCAAUAAAUUGCACAACGGCGAUGAUUUGGACGAUGAUGAUUUCGAUGAUGACGACGUUGAACGUCCACCUCCAUAUGUGAGGGCAAAUGGCAUCUCAAAUGCCGUAGUGGGCUUUCAUACGAAUGAUGCUAAUUCAGUAGAAUCCGAUUCGCAGUUGACAACAGGUGGUGCAAGCAAACGUUCGCAGACCUUGAUAUACAAUCCAAACGAUACUUCCAUGAUAAGUCAUCGUGAGGGUACACCGAUGGGAGAUCUAACACCUCACGAGGAAAUCUUGUAUUUAAGACGUCAGUUGGCCAAACUAAAUCGAAGGGUAUUGAACAUAGAAAUUGGAAACGAACAGCGUUUACAACGUGAGAAAAUAGUCUACUGCUUAGGUCUGGCAUAUUUUGUACUAAAAGCAAUUGUAUGGCUAAACCGCAAUUAAAUAAGUCAAUACAAGAGAAUACACCAUACAAACGUUAGAUAUAGAUGGAAGAAGAACGAUGUGAAUGACUGAUAGUAGUGGAGUAUAAUAUGUAUGUGCAGAUGGAAAAAAAAACAAAAUAUUUCAAUGAUUAACGUAUAAGAAGAGGUGCUAGGUAUGGCGAAAAGUUAAACAAUAAGAUUUUUUUUACCUAUGGUCAGUUUAUAGUAGGUGCCUGGUCUAUGAAAAUUGAACAUUGACAUGAAUGCUACAGAUUAUACUCAGCCAAACAUCAGCAGCGUUUAAAGAAGAAAGAAACGGGGGAAAAAGUGUAUUUAUUGUUAUGUACUCGUACGAAAGCAUCUUUAUAAAAUCAUCUUAUUUUAGUUUACUACUUUUGCAUUUUUCUCUUUUUUUGCUUUAUUUCUUAAGUUAAAUUUAUUGAUUUCCAAUUUCAAGUUGUUUAUUUAAAACAUCCCAAGGAAAAUUAAGAAAUUAAAUAUUUAAUGAUCAGAUUUUAUUGUUUCUUAAAUGGCGAAUUCUAUAUAAGAAAUAGCUGAUCAAAUAGCAUACAUUAUUUCUAAUGUUUUGUAGUUAGUAGCAUGUAUCUCAUUUAAAUCAUAUACUACAAAAAACAAACCCUUAAAUAUAAAACAAAUUGUCAAGUUUUCCGAUUAUCCGCGACAAGUUAAGUUUUUAAACAAUGCCGAAUUUGAUUAAGAAAUUAUAUUUUCUAUAAUUUAUAAUAUUUACAAUUAAAGAGCUUGCCAUCUCUUUUAUUUGUGUGGCUAAGAAAUAUCGAAAACCAAUUUUACAGAGCAAAAAAUAAAUAAAAACAAACAAAAACACCACCCUAUUAUUAUUCUUUACGUACUACAAGAAAAAAAACUAUUUAAUUUUACAUAUAAAAUACUAUGAAGUUUAUAUUAAAAAAUAAAAAAAAAUCUGUAAAUUACUUUAAAUUAAUUUUAUGUUUAAACUUUUAUUAUAAAAUAGAACAAAGAAUACUUAAAACUUACUCAAAUAACGUGUUUUUUUUUUCUCUAAAAUUAUUAUUUUUUUUUUUUGCGUAAACAAGCACAAUAUUAGAAAUGAUUUCGUUAAACAAAUAAUUAAAUCAAUUGUUAACCACUUCUGUGUCUGUAUUAGUUCAUAAGCUUUAUGAGUAUGUAAAAUUGUGUGACAUUGUUUUGUGAAUAUUUUAAAAUGAUUCAAGGUAUAUUUAAUAAUGAUUUACUUUUGUAAGUCUCAUAUAAAAAUACACAAAUUAUAACAAGAAAAUAAUCCACGAUUUCAGUAUAAAACUCACCAAUAAUAAGUUAAAAUUAGAAAUCUGAAUAAAAAUUUAAAUAAAAUAA